CUUGUAGCCCCCAGCGGCUGCGUCAUUAACAACGGACUUCGCAUUCACUUCAGGAUUCUUAGUCUGGAUUAAACUGACUUGCCAAUGUAGGUUAUUCAAACCGAUUUGGAAGGGCUGUUUAAUUUCAUCGACCGAGUUAGCAUUUUAGUGAUAGUUUAUUAUCAAGCAAAAUUUACAUGAAGUACGAGUAGGUUUGUUUAUCACGAGUUGCGUACCAAUAUCAUAAUAAUACAAUACUAAUACAGUACAGUGAGUAGUAGACAAUCUUCUUCUCGAGUUGGUUCGUUUAGUUACACUAGUAAACAAGCAAACUUGUUCAUAUGGAGAUCAAGAUCAUGAAUUUAACACUAAAACAUUUGUAUUGUUGACUUAUAACUUAUGAUUGGAAUCGAAUUAAGAGAUAGUGUAUUGACCGUAUUUUAUUUUCUUAUUUAAAUUUGGAUUUGAUUGUGAUUGGACUAUUACUAUUACUAUUAUGUCAUGUCAUGUAUACUAUAAUAAUAAAUAACUAUGACAUGACUGACUAGGCACUAUCACUAGGUAAUGUCUAUUAAUAAAUUUAAAUUACUAUCAGUGUUAUUAGUAUUAAUAAUUUUAGAAUGAUAAUUAAUUGUAAAAAGAAGGAAAGGGGCAUUUUUUAAAGGAUAUUUUUGUAAACAAAAGCAAAAAUAUUAAUUGAAGUAACUAUUAGUGAACCAAAUCUUAUAUGUUUGUUAUGAUUUUUAUAUAUUAAAUAAUUAUAUUUAUAUUAUAAAUAUACAUUAUGAUUAUACAUAUCAGUCUGGAAAUCUUAUAAUCUUAAUUUUAAUCUGCUAAUUAAAAUAAAUAAUAGUUUUGAUAGUCACAUUCACAUAUUCAAAAAUUUAAAAUAUAUAUUUUGAUUGUGCACUGUACUUUAAGUGUGUUCAUCAUAUUGAAAUUAUAAACUAGGCCUACUAUACUGGUGUCACUGUUACUGUUACUAGUGUUACUGUUGUGUGCAGGACUGUUUAUACUGCAAAUGAUACUAAAUGUAGACCAGAGUAAUGCAACCUUUUUUGCUUUCUGCAACCUUUUUUCCAUCAUGGCACACCUAUAAAAUAUAUAGGCCCUUCCCAGAUUUUCGUGGCACACCACGAUAAAAUAUUUAAAUGUAAAAAAACUAAACUGGUUUACUUUAUUUUACAGGUACAAACCUUUUAAAUGUGUGUUUUUAUAUUUUGUUAUCGUUAUCUACGUGAAAUCUACAUGAGCAAAAAUAUCAAUAGAGCUAAAGCAAAAGGAACAUAGUUUUAAAAAACUGCCUUGUUACUUUUUUUUUUUUUAAACUCAGUUAACUGCUUGUUCCCAUAAUUUUAACUGGUAAUUUUAUAAUUAAAUUCUUAAAAACUCAAUAUGUAUACUGAUUUAACGCAAAGAAACUUUACUAUUCAAACACACAAUUAAAAUAUUCGUUUGAUACAAAUAAAAGCACCUACCUGUGACCAAUAACUUAAUUAUGACAUUUUUAUAUAAAGUUAACAUAUUUAUUUCAAUGUCAAAAACAACCAAAAAAAAACCAAAAGCAAUAUAUAUAUAUAUACAUACAAAUUAUGUCGCAUGAUAAAUGCUUGUUUCACUUUAUCAAGAAAUCAGAUGAAAGAUCUUCGGUACCUCAGUCUCGACUUGAUGGAGGCUUAGUUUGUGUUGGGUUGGUUUUCAUUUGUCGUAGAGGGAAACCAUUUUAAUCAAAACCUAGUCAAAUUAUUAUGUACAUGCAUGAGAAGUGUGACCAAAGGUCAAAGGGACAAGACAUAUUUAACUCAUCACUUCAGACACGAGAUGGUGACUUUGUCACAUGACCUGCCAAAUUAAAAAAGUAGAUGUGCUGUGCUAUUUGACUAAAAAAUUUGACAGCUUGUUACUAGCCAAUCAUUGUCCCUUUUGUUUUAACAAAUUUAUAUCAUAUUCUGUGUUUUUCAUCCCUUUGGAGGAAUCUUGCCACAUCUCGCGGCACACCAGUGUGCUGGGGCACACCCGUUGCGGAGCUCUGGUGCAGAAAAUCAUGUGUAGUCUAUAGUCAGUGUAGUGGCUACUUCUUUUCAGUUUAAUAAUAUUAGCAUUGUUGACAACACCUUAUAGGUUUUGGAAUAUAAUAAUGGCCUACCACUGAUUACCACCCUAUUUAUUUAUUUGUUCAAAGUAAGUUAGCCAUUCUCAAUCAAAAGACACUAUUACUGUGCUGUACUUUUACUCAAAGUACUGUUGAUUCAUGAAUGUUUUUCAGUAUUGCAGCUUCCCCUCAGUCAUGGCUUUUUUAAAAAGUUCAUCAGUCAUUUCCUUUUGGUCAAGGGCUUUUAAUUAUAUUUUCUAGCCUAGGACACCAAAAUUAAGUAUUAAGUAUUAUUAUUACAUUUUAAGAUCUUUAGUCCUUUUAGUUAAAUCUUAAAGGCUUCAAAGAACUAAGCACAUAAUUUAUUUAAACAUUCAACCAGGAACCUCUGAUUUACUUUUAUUUUAUGUAUAUUUUAGACCUUUAUCAACAUAUUUGUAAAUAUAUUUACAAUUUGUACACUAAAUAAUUAUAUAUUUUGGUAUAUUAUAUUGUUGCAUCAGUAGUAUAAUAGGCCCAAGAUUAUUAAUGGUGAGACUGUGAUUUAUUUGUAUGUCUGGAAAUAUGAGGCACUCAUUACGGAAAAGCUUGAGAAAAAUCCAAAACAGGACAAUGAACCUUUGGGGAUAAAAGCUUUCUUGGGUAAAUACCAUUAGUAAAAUAUUAUAGAUUGAUUGAAAAGAAAAAGAAAAUUUGCUCAUAAAAAGUUGGUGUCAAUUUCAAGAGAUAAACAGGAAGUAGGAUUGCCAACACAAUAAAUGAAAAUUUACAGACACAUGCUUAGUAUUUUAAAGCUUCAUUAUUUUUACUGACAAAUCUAUUAUUGAUGGACACAUUAUAAAAGACUUAGUAACAAUUUUUUUUUUUAAAGUAAUGGGCAAGCCAUUUUUAUGACACAUUUUUAGAGACUGUAAAUUUAAGGAUGGUUAGCAACCCUACCAGGAAAUUCAACUCAAAUAAAUGACAGUGACAGAUGAACCAAAUUAAUUCUUAUUUAUUAUUUUUCCAAUCUUAUUGAAAUUUAAUUCAUUGCCUUCAUAUAAUAUAGACUGUACAAAUAUUUUCAUGGGCAAGAAAGCAUUCCAUGGCUACGAACUAAAAGAUUAAGUUGAUUUUUUUGUGUUAACUCAACCUGCUGAACAUUUAAGCUACUUGGCUUCAGGGUUAAAUGAAUAUGUCAUAAAGUAUAUAUGCAAGAAAGCUUUGCAUUCUUGGCAUACAAAUGAAGAUAAGCCCUGGGCCAAAAGCUACUAUGGGAUUGUAUCCUGGAAAAUGCAUAUGUGCAAAUAAUCAAGAAAAGGGUUUCUGAAGAGUUGGUUAAAAAUUGAUUGAAAGAUUUUUUCCAAAUGUGAAACCCAACUAAAUUAACCUCAUGUAAAGAAAAAUAACAUAUUAUAAAUAUUUUUUUUUAACUACUCUGCAGCUUGAUAUAAGAAAAAUUUAAAUGAUUUUUAAUGCAAUUUUUACAUGAGUAUUUAUUUAAAUACAGCUUGCAUGCUCUUUAUCUUAAUAUCUUGAAUGUCUUCUAUGUAUCCUGCAUAAUCUCAACAUGGUUAUAAUAACUUCAUGUUGUCAUUUUGUUUUUAAUAAUGGCUUAUCCUAUCAUAAAUGUGUACUGUAUAUAUUGCCAUAUUAUUAGGUUUGUCUCAAUGGGUCAAGCUUGUUGAACAUAUUUCAUUUUUUCAAUUUUGAUUUAUAUUAACAGUAACAGUGACAAGAAAAACACUUUUUAGAUAUAUAUAUAUAUAUAUUUUUAAUAAUUUUUUUAUGUGAGAUGCUUAUCUACUGACUUUUUGUUGAGUCGUUACCACAACUUUUUAAAAAUUUAGUGAGAAAUCUGCACUUUUGUCUCCAAAGCCAGUGUGACUUUUAAGUGGCAUUUUGAUGCAGGUAGUACAGGCAACCCGCAUUUGUUAAUGAAUUGGAGUUUAAAAUUAUGUUUUUAUAAUUUCAUUUGUUCAUAAUUUUAGCCCUCAGUAAUGCAUAUUAGUAGGAAAACUAUCAUGUAAUUCAUUUGAAUGAUCAUGGUAAUUAUUGAGUUUUGUUUAAAGGCACAUUUUUUAAGAACUAAAAAAAUAUAAAUACAAUGGACAUCAUUUUAUUUGUUAAGCAUUUCACGUGUAAGUUUAUUUACAUAAAUGUGUGUGUUUCUGAUUUAAAUAUUGAAAUUGAAAGUUUACAUGCAUUAAAUGGUACUUAAGCAUAUUGGGUGCUCAUUGAAGCUUGGUAUUUACAACCUUGAAUGUUACUAUUAAUAGCUUGUCAAACUCUAGCAAAUCUAUAAGUGCAUGCCACACUGUGAAACUGGGCUAGUUCUGCCUUAUUGAUUUCUUUCAACUGUUUCUUUUCAGUCUUGCUCUGGAACCAGUCCACAGCACAGGCAAGAAAUUUUAAUUUUUUAGAUAGAUGGCAUAUUUUUAAAUUUCAGUUAUCUUAACGUUUAAUUGAAAAGACUAUUUUAUUCUUUUACUCAAACUGUUUGAUAAAAUUGUUAGAAAGUUUCUAUUAUGUUUUAACCAUAAAAAUUAUAAAUUCUUCUGUAUUUUUCAACAAAUAAUAACUCUUUAGAUUAUGAAUAUAUUUAGAUUUAUGAUUUGACCAUUUAAAAAUAAUAAUCUUUUCUUACGUAUCAUUGACCCAUACUUUAAAUUACAAACCAUAUCUAGCUUCAUGACUGAAACAAAUUUAUAAGUCAUAAAAUAUUUUUCAGGUGACUUAGGUCAUUCAAGUGUAAGAAACUCGAUGAAAGUCAACCACUGUGAAUUGAACUCAUGUCAACAGUUUCAAUGGUUGUGUGUCUCUUGUGGAGGGAGCAAAGAUGUCAGGGAGAGCACAGAAAGGGUCAAGUCUAUCGGCAGUGAUGAAAACGCUGUGGCAGGGUAUCCUCGGGGCAGGUUUCAUCAUGCUGCCUGUGUUCACGAAAGCUUUGUGUAUAUAUUCGGUGGGAAAGACAGAUAUUCGCCCCUUAAAGACUUCUGGAGACUUGAUAUAGGUAAUCCAUGAGAGUUGUAAAAUUAUGAUUCAUAAAUUCAUGAUAAAUUAUGAAGUGUGAAUAAAAAUUAAUUUGAUAAUGUUGUCACAACAGUGCAAAAUACAUGAGUGGGAAAUUGCUUUGGGUAGGGACUUGGAGACACUAGGAUGUAUUUAAUCAAUAUCUAAUAACAGAUAAAUCUUUUUAAUUCAUUUUUGCGUCUUUGCUGAUUUUCAAAAUAUGCAAUAAUUUGUGUACUAUAACAGAAGUCCACAUUGGGGAUGAUUAUGUCUAUGAUUUUUUAUGGGUCAAUAGUUCUCUUUUUUUUGUCUACAAUUUAAAAAAAGAUUAAACAAUAAUAACUUCAUUACUGAUAUAUACUUAUAAUUAAUAACUGAUGAUUUCUUUAAUUUGUUUAUUCUGAUUUUAAAAAAAAAAAAAAAUUAUGUGUGUCUUAAAAUAGCUACUCAAAAAUGGGAACAGAUUGAAUUUAAAGAAUCAAAGCUUCCUCAUCUCCAAGGUCAUACAAUGUUGUCCUAUAAGGUAUUUAUUUAUAAUAGUUGCAGUAGGAUAUGUUUGCUUAAUUCUUUAAUGUUUUUCACAUUCCUUCUAAAUACCAUUAAAAAUCUAAAUAUGCUUUCUAAAAAUCUAUUUAAAUCAGAGGGAUCACAAUUAUUUUGAAAAGGAAUUCUUGCUGUUACUUUAAAAGGUGCAGAAAUGUGUCUCAUUAUAUCAUUAUAUAAUACUGUGAUGUCAUUUACAUUAUUUCAGUCUGAGCUUUUGAUAUUUGGGGGGACUUUUUGUGACACGAACGAGGAAGCACCGCUUUGGAUAUUUAAUACAGGUAAUUUUCAUUAGACAUUUAAAAAGUAUCUGGUUAACAAAAUAUUAAUUUUUGUUUUAUGUCUUUUCAAAGCAUAUCACAGUUAAACCCAUAAGUAAUUGAGAUUUUUUUUUUUUAAAGAUAUCAACUUUGUUCGUAAGUGGUUUGAAUCUGGUGUAGUUCAACCUUGUGGCAGACGAGAGCAUUCAGCUGUGAUUUACAAGAAUUCCAUGUACAUAUAUGGGGGAUUUUUUGAUAAUUCUGGCUCUACAGAUGAAUUUUGGGUAUUUAAUAUUGGUGAGUUUCAUUUUUUUAAUAUUAUAAAUUAUUGUUUUCUUUAUUCAUUGCUAAAACCAGCUGUAUUGAUAUUAAACCUGAGAAUCUGUUGGUAUGUGUUGAUAUAACUUGUGUACUCUAAAUCAGCGUUCCCCAAAUGUUGGUCUGCGGACUGGAACCGAACCGGAUGGUGAGCCUUACACUGCCAGUCCGCACAACAUGAAUAUUUAUGGUCUAAUAAAAAUAAAAUAUAAGAUAAUAAAUCUGCUACUGGUCAAUGAUGCAAUUUUGAUACUUGUCCACCGGUCCACCAAACUUUAAAGUUUCUCAGCCACUGCUGUAAACCACAUGAAAAAUAAUUUUCUGUUUAAUAUGCUAAUGGAAUAAAAUGAUUUUUUAUGAGUACUAUUCACUUUUUGUACAGUUAUGUCUGUGAUUCAGAUUGCACAUAUUACUGUUAUUAAAUGUCAUUUUAAACAGUGCUAUUUAAAUUUGAACAGAGGAAGAACUGUGGCAGUUGAUCCCACGACAUAAACCUGGCAAGAGGCAUGGACAUGUGGCUGUGGUUGUUUCUAACAACAUGUGGCUGCAUGGGGGAAUGAAAGAGCUCACUGCUUUAGCAGACUUUUGGGCUUUUAAUUUCUGUAAGUGCUAUAAUGGAUUUUUUUCUAAACCCUUUGCUUCAUCAGUCUGUUUGUUCCAAACAAAAAACUUAAUUUCCAUAACAAUCAGGACUGUCUCAUAUAGCUUACUAUAUUUAGCAAGGACCUCAAUAUCAUAGUGACCUUACAAUUUUCUUCAAUUGUACCACUACCAAAAUAUAUACCUAAAGGCUUCCACCACCCCGAGGCCAAAAAACAACCUGCUUAUACCCAACUCACAAGGCUAAGCAAAUAAAGAUUGUGAACUUUUAAGCUUUUUAUGUCGUCUUAUGCUGUUUCUGAGGGGGGUUACAAAAAAUACUUAAUCAAUCUUUUUUAUCAUCUAUUUACAAAAUUUCACCAACAAAAUUUUAAUUACUGUGUUAUUCUGUGUAUUCAAAGGUAGCCUUUAAAUUUCAUAAGCUUUUUUUUUUUAAAGACAUUCCCUUUUGCUUAUAUAUUCUGUCCAGCUUGUGAAAGGAUUUAUUUCUACCUGUAGCCAAGUAUUCAAACUCUCUUUUUUUAAAAGGUCCAUGUGCACAGUGACUUGCAAAAAAAUAUAUAUUGAAAAACUAUUUGAAAUUUAUAUUAACCAAGCUUAUUAGUUUUUAAAUAUCUUUCCCUCUUAUUUUAGCCAUGUGUACCUGGACUAAGAUCAAAGGUGUGGGGAUGUGUCCAACAUUAUCAAAUCACACAGCUCAUGUGGUGAGAGUUCCUUUGAUGGAAAUUUUUCUGCUGUAAUUACGGGAUUGUGGGAUAUAUUUUUGUUUGAAUGGGAAAUGAUGAUUUUUUUUUUUCAUUUUAAUUACUUCACAUGUCUACAACAGACGUUUCCUUUAUGUUUUUUAGAUUUAACUUUUUUAAUUUAGAUUUUUAACUUAAGCUUAGUAACAGUUUUACUUUUAAUUCCUUUUCAUUUUAAAAGUCUUAUACAAAAAAUAAUUAAAUUUUCAGUUGGACAAUUCACUUGUAUUGCUUGGUGGCACAAGAGCUGGUCAACUCAUGCAUGAUAUCUGGAUAUUUAGAUUUGGUGAGAUAAAUUUUCAGUAAUUUGUACAAGUUUUUAGGGCAUUAAUCAUUGUAACAUUUUAUGCUAUAUUCAUUAGAAGUAUAGUGAAAUAGAUUUUUAACAUAUGUUAUAAAUUUUAUCAAAGCAUAUCACACUAUAUUUUUUUCUAACUUUAAUUUAUUUCUUUGUAAGCUCAUCAUACCACUAUGUAUUUGUAAUUAUUUACUAAAUUUUAUUUUAUUACAAUAUUAUGUAUAUAUUUAUUACUUAUUUACAGCACAGUUCUUUAAUUUUUUUAAACAAAGACUUCAUGCUUGAUUAACUUCCACAGACACUGAGACCUGGAAACAAGUGACCACACAAUAUGGGGACGUUUACCCUCCAUUAUCACUCCACACUUCAGUCCUGCUACAAGCAUCGAAGAUGCUAGCCAUAAACGCAGACCAUACACGUUCUGUCCCGCUGUUGGGGACAAAAACAGCCCUGUCCAUGCUGGAAACGGUCAGACCUCAAACAAGCCCAGCAAUGGAUGCUACUGAUGUCAGCUCUCCAAGCACUAGACAAGCCAAAACAACUAAAGUGGAUAUUCUUCAAAUGGAUACCAUAGAAGCAGGGAGCAUGAAUGAAAAGGGAAGAGGUGA